AUGAUGAGGAUGACGACAACAUCAGCGCUAAAUUUAGUACCCAGAGCCCCCGGGCCGUCGUCCACUCCGGCUCCGGUCUCUUGGCCUCCAUCGCAAUACUGGGAUGGCGAUGAUGGUCUUUGGUCUUCCUUCGCCUUGCGGGUCGGGAAUCCAGAGCAAACUGUCCGGGUGCUCAUCUCUACCGCCGGCGAAGCCACCUGGGUCGUCCUUCCCGGAGGAUGCCCUCCCAACACACCUGGCAUCACUUCCUUGUUGACAUGUUCACAAUCUCGCGGUGAACUGUUUGAUACGUCAGGGUCAAACACCUGGUCCGCGUUGGGCAACUACUCUCUGGGGUUAGAGCUCAAUCUUGGCUACAAUGACCCUGCAACCUACGGACUCGAUACCGUAGCUUUGGGACUCAAUAAUGCUACCAGAGGACCAAUUUUACAAGGUCAAGUGGUCGCUGGCUUGGAGUCGUACGAUUUCUAUACUGGCCUAUUUGGCUUGGGGGAUCAGCCGACGAAUUUCACGGCUUCGCAUGAUCAAAGCAAUCUGACCGGCACGGUUCCGCAUCCGAGCUUCUUAACCACGAUGAAGAGCCAGAACCUAAUUUCAAGUCUGUCUUGGGCCUAUACUGCUGGAGCAAACUACCGCUUGAAGGGCGUCUUUGGGAGCUUGACAUUUGGAGGCUACGACCUUUCGCGGCUAGUCCCAAACAAUGUCACUUUCGACCUCGCUCCAGACAUCUCUCGAGACUUGGUCGUUGGUCUGCAAUCGAUAACUUCGACCGCCGCGAACGGUUCCCCAAUAUCUUUGCUUCCUUCGUCGAUCCUGACUUUCAUCGACUCAACUUUUCCUUACAUCUAUCUCCCUCUCGAAUCAUGUCAAGCAUUUGAAGAAGCGUUCGAUCUGACAUGGAAUGAUACUAUGGAGAUGUAUUAUAUUAAUGACACACUUCAUCAGAGUCUGACCGCAAGGAAUCCUAAUUUUACGUUCCAGGUCGCCAAUUCGCAGACGGGUGGACCUACUGUUGAUAUUGUCUUGCCGUACGCAAGUUUCGAUCUUCUUUCUUCAUAUCCGAUGGUAGCCUCGGUAUUAAACGCGACUCGUUAUUUCCCGCUACAAAGAGCCACGAACGAGACUCAGUACACUCUUGGUCGGACAUUUCUGCAAGAAGCAUAUCUAAUCACCAAUUACGAGCACUCUAACUUCUCCGUUUCGCAGGCUAGGUUUGACGACGGCCUUGCCGAAAACAUAAUCGCCAUCCCCUCAGCAGAUCCUCCUCCCACGCCAAAGUCACAUAGUCGCCUCAGUCGCAACUCUAUCAUAGGAUUGAGCGUUGGAGCCACAGCUUUGCUCAUUUUCAUUGUCUUCCUGGUCUAUUCUACGCGAAAAAGGCUACGCAAACACUCUCCAAAGAACGGUAUGAGCCAGAUCACAGGUUCUCCAAUGCUCUCACAGGAAGUCAAGCCCACGAACAUUUCCGCACUACAUGAGAUCGACAGCAACAGCUUGUAUCAGCAAAGAGAGCUCCCUGAUAGCGGUAAAGUGGAGCUUCUGGAUGGGAAUUCGCCGUCAGGGUCUGGCAACGAAAUCUCAGAAAUGCCUCAAUCUCCUGCACCUGCACCACUGUGCGAACUUGGAACUAGGCACACAUCCAUUGCGACCUCUACUGUCCACAGGCAGAGUGAUCGGAGUAAAACCGCAAUUAUUGUCAAGACUGACAUUUUGGGGGAGAGUAGCAACAGCUCCGGGACACUGAAAGAGUCCCCUUGCGUUGAAACUGUGAUAUCAUCGUCACCAAUACGCAAGUCCCUGAAUCUAGACAGACCAUUACGAACGCCGCCUCAGCGGACGUUAGAGUACUUGAACCGAGCUCUGCCAUCGAUUCCGAAUUCAGAUAGCACACAAGUCUCGCCUACAAAGACCAGCUCUUCUAGUCGUUUUUCAACGACGAAUUUCAAUCAUGACCAGUCAAGCAGGACCUCUACCACCUUUUCUGAUUCCGGAACUGCCCCUCCAGAAACGUCACUCGACAUGAUAUGGAAGGAUUACGAUAUGAGCUGGGAGGUCCCCCACCGCCGACAGGAGCCUUCGCUUUUGAGCUUGUCCUCGACCGACGUCGAGAUCAUGAUACUACAAGAGCCCGUAGAGAGGCAGAUGCGUGAGCACCCUUCUUUGAGUUCUCUGUCGACAAACGUCGAGAUUGCAGUACCACCUGGAACACCGAAAUCGCAAUUACCGAGCAGCGCCAGUAGUCGCGAGGGGGAGCGAAGAACACGCGGCGGCUUUUUCUAG